CCUAAUGGGAUUGAAUGAAAACUUUUCCACAACUCGAUCCCAAAUAUUAAGCAUGGAUCCUUUGCCCUCCCUAACUAAGGUGUAUGCAAUGGUAACAAAAGAAGAAAAGCAGCAAACAGUGGCAGCAUCCAGGGGUCCAAAUAUAGAAGCCACAGCUCUUACAGCAAUGGGACCAUCAGGAAAGUCACAAUGUGAUCACUAUAAAAAGCUUGGGCACACUAAAGAAAGAUGCUACGAGAUCAUUGGGUAUCUUGUGAGUUGGAAGUCUAGGAUAGGCAAAAUGAAGACGAAGGGUGAGGCACAAAAGAUAGGACGAGGGAAAGACCAUGCUUUUGUGGCUAAUGGAGCACAUAAGCGCACAGAGGAGUUAUCAAAUCAAUCUCCAAUUUCUGGGUUGAGCAAAGAGCAGUAUGACCAACUCAUCUCGCUUCUCGAGGGACCUUACCUUGAGGAAGCUGAUUGGAGUGGGUAGGUUUCAUGAAGGAAUGUAUUGUUGCAGUUUUGGGCAUGUUGCAGCAACCGGUCAACUAAAACAAAAGCAGAGUGCAUCAUAUGAGUUGGGGCAUCAAAGACUUGGGCACAUUUCUGCUAAACGUUUAUUCAAAAUCCCUUCCCUGUGUUCUUGUUCUCCUCAAAUAAAGCAUGUUUGCGACA